AUGAAGUUCGUCAACACCUUCAUCACCGCCCUCUCCCUCCUCGCGGCCUCGGUCGCGGCCAUCCCGACCCCCGAGUCGGAGGCCACCGCAGGAGAGGUUUCCAUCCCCGAAGUCGAGCAGCAGCAGGCCGAUCUCCCUGCUACAGACGCCGAGCAGAUCGAGGCCCUCUUCAACGACAUCAGCUUCGACGCGGACGAGGAAGCCUACUACGAGCAAUUCCAGAACCGCGAAUCGGAGGACGACCACCCCACGGGUCCCGAGUCCUGCAACUUUUGGCUCAUGACCUCUAUCCAGCUCGCCGGCACCGACUACCAGCGCUGGUGGGGCCUGUACAGCCAUACCUGCGCCAAGAUUGGCGGCUUCCGAUGGUCCCUCUCUGCUAUGAGUGACGAAUAUACUCUCCGGUCUGCGCUGCCCUACACCAUCGAGCUCUCCAUCACUGGCGGUGGCUUCCGCCCCAGCGGCUACUUCUGGUACUCUGGCCGCAGGACCGACCUUGGCAAGAACAUGUACUGCAAGAGCUGCAGUGGCAUUGCUGCUUCUCGCUGCUGCCGAGUUGCUUUCCGGUGCUACGAAUAG